AUGGCCACUUUUAUGAGACAUGCUCUCAAUCUCUCCUACGGUCCCUCCUCCUCACACAAUCUGCACGAGCCAAUCAAGAUCGAUCCUGACCGUCUGGUGAUCACAUCAGGAGUCACUGCAGCCGUUGGAUUGCUGACCCAUGUGUUGGCCGACGCAGGCGAUUCGUUCAUUGUUCCAACGCCUUUCUACCCGGGUUUCACAGUGGAUCUCGAGCGACAGGCGGGUGUGACUAUCAUCCCUGCUGCCACCUGUAGCGACACUGGAUUCGAUAUUAGCACAUCCUCCUUAGAAGCUGCUCUCAGGGAGUCUCAGCGGGAGGGAGUACUGCAGUUUUGCAGGAAAAACCGCAUCCAUCUGAUUUCUGACGAGAUCUAUGCUGGGUCCGUCUAUAACGGGGAUGGGUUCACAUCACUUCUGCACCUUGCUGAGCCUCCCGAUUAUCCCUUUCUGCACAUCGUUUAUGGGCCUUCCAAGCUAGAUGGCAUGCCAUGCUCACGGCAGUCUCAUGGCAUGGGCAUGAUCAUCUCAGCCGCAUGGCAUGGGGUGCUCGUGUCAAUUGCAUGGGGUGCUCAUGUCAAUUGCACGGCAUGCUCAUCGCUCUGUGUGCCAUCAUCAGCUGCUCCUCACGCAUGUGUCGGCGCCGUCUCGGCCUCUCUAUCCCACUGCCAUGCACAGCCCACUUAUGCCGCAAACACCCAACCAGCAUUUCCUUCUUCCCCUGCUGCUGCUGCUGCUGCUGCUGCUGCUGCUGCUGCUGCUGCUGCUGCUGCUGCUGCUGCUGCUGCUGCUGCUGCUGCUGCUGCUGCUGCUGCUGCUGCUGCUGCUGCUGCUGCUGCCAUUGCUGCCACUGCGCUUGCUCCUGCUUCACUUGGGAUAACUGCUGCAGGCACACCCUCCUCUGCAGCUCAUCCUCCCCUAUACAACUCUGCACUUGCCUUACCAGAGCUGAUUCCGCGCUAUGCAGAGCCCUGCAACUGUAGCCAUCCAUUUCACUGUAGCUAUGCGAUUUACUGCAGCUACAGCGUUCCUUCAGAUUCUCACUAUUGCAGUUUCCGCAGCCGCACUUGGAGAGGCAGCAGUUGA